UUUGCGACACAGCUUGAGGGUGACAGUGGCAGUGGGAGUAAACUUUUGUUUCAUCAUUUCUGAAAACCAAGACUAAGAACAAAAAAGUCAAACGCUCAGUCUCGCAGCUGCAUCUUAUGACUGGAGUCUUUGUGGCGAGGUAAAGACCCUUGUAAUCCAAACUAAAUAACUGCUCGUCAAAGGACAUUGAGAAGACAGCAUGGGAUCUACUUCCUCCACACCUAAAUCCAGAAUCAGCACAUUCUCCACGGCAGCCCCAGUGACCAGCUCUACACCCCAUUCCUUCAACCCCAAAAAGGAACACAUCAUCUUGGCCUUUUUCGCCGGGGUUCUGCUGACACUGCUCCUUGUGGCCCUUAUCUUCCUCAUUGUCAAGAGCUGCAGAAAAUGUUACUCCAGUGCCCAGAGCCAGGACCCUCAUUCAGAGCCUCCCAUCAAACUGUCAUCUGUAUCAAAGGAGUCACUCACGUAUGCCAGCAUGACUUUCAAGCCCUCAGAAGACAACGGCAAUGACUUUACUAGAAACCACUCCUCCGGCUUGGACCACACCGUUUAUUCUCAGAUUAAAGUGACAGACCCAUAUCCACCUCUCCAGUGAGGCUGAAUGCAGGAUCUCAGCUCAGCUCCUUCGACAUGUUGCUUUCUGAUUUUGUUUUGAAUGUUUGCUUUUGUUGUUUUCUACAAACCUGGGACCACAGUCUGAGUAAAGCUGCAGCUGGGGUGGUUUAGUCUUGAUCUAGUGCAGUUGUCAUCAGUCAUAAGGACCAGUGGUUAGUGACAGUCCCCACCAGAGGAAAGGUGGCGGUGCUUUCACUCUGACUGGCAAUGGCAGCCCCUUGAGGGACGACACCCCUAAACCUUUCCAAAGGGGGUAUAGAACUCGAUAAAGAAAUGCCUGAUGAUAACCAGGAGGACCUAACUCUAAUGAACAGUUGAAGAUUUUCAAGUAAUGGCAGACCUUCCCCCAAGGUCGGUCCCUUCAUCUUCUCCAGAAAUCAAGACCAGAAUUCUAAAGCCAACACAAAGUCCGGAUGAUAUAAAACACUACUAAAAUGUGGGUUUCUAUCUCCUUUGUAUGGCAUUAGAGAUAUGUGUGACAACCUUGGUUGAGAGCCAGAAGUAGAGAUUAAACAUGUUCAUUUAUUCCCCAAAA